AUGGGGAACAAACCAAGAGCAAUUAUUGUCGGUGCUGGAAUUGCUGGGCUGUCGGCGGCAUGGUGGUUGGACAGGGCAGGCUGGUCGUCCAUCUUGAUCGACAAAUCCCCGACCAUUCGAGAUGGUGGUUAUAUGAUGAGUCUCUCCGGCCCCGGGUACAAAACCGUUCACAAACUGGACCUCAACUUAGAACCGAUCAUCUACACAUUCGAUGAGAACACAAUGCAAGAUCACAAGGGAAAGGAGUUAAUCCGCCUGCGAUACAAGGACUUCCACGGCGUUGACAGCAUCGCUCUAUGCCGGGGCGACCUUUCUCAGACUCUUCUACAGGCUCUCCCCGCGUGCGCCACGCUUCGCCUCGGAGAGACAGUUGCAGAGGUGGUAGAUGAAGGCGACAAAGUCAGGGCAACACUUGCGAGCGGCGAAAGACUCGAGGGAGAUCUCUUGAUAGGGGCAGAUGGGAUACGCUCUGCUAUUAGAGAUCAGCUUUGGAAAGGCGAGCAUGUUUCGACCAGCUUGGCCUACGACGUUAACGCUGUUGACGAUGAAUCAAAGCUCCAGUCGAGCUGCGACUCCUUCGCCAGUCCUGCACGCAUCGACAAUUUCUACUACUUGAGGAACGAGCGAGUAGCGGCUCUCCAUAUAUGGCGGAAUGAGGCAACCCAGCCGCAAGAUCGAGAGUUCAGAUUUAAGGUUCUCCGUGAUAUCACGAAGGGAGCGCCUCCUCUUGUCACAACCAUCCUCGAUCGCGCAGAAACGUCUGGAUCCACGCCGAUUAUCGACACUCUAACCAUGAUUAACCUUCGGCAGUGGUCCAAGGGCCGCAUCAUGCUCCUGGGCGACUCAGCGCACUGCCUUUCAUUGAUUUCUGGCCAGGGAGCAUGUAUGGCUCUGGCCUCGGCAGAACUCCUGAGGGUUGAGCUGACAAACACGAAGGACGUUGCCCAAGCUCUAGUCAAUCAUGAAGAAAUUGCGGCCAAUUAUUGA